AUGGGUGGCUUGCGUGGCAAGCGUGGAUAUAAGAAAUCUAAACUGAAUGCUGAUGCCUCCAAGCUGACCUCGGAUGCGGAUGCCUCCUCUGAUGAUGGGUCCUCCUGCUCCUCUCGUUCCUGCGGUCUUUCUCCUCGGGAUACUGCAGCUCAGACCCUGCUUGCUACUAAAGUCUCUGUGCAUGCGGUGAAAGCGCUGAGCCAGUUCUCCAGACCUCCAGACAGUUCCGGGGGGACCUCACCCACUCCACCAUUAUCCUUGCUGGAUGGUUCUCCGAUCUCCCUAAAGAGCUUAUCCUCAGACAGACCUGUUAUUGAUGUUGACGAAUUGCGGCAAGACUUCAUUAUCUUGCGUCACGAGACCCAGAAGAUACGUGAGCGCACUGAGGAAGUGGAACAAAGGGUUGCUAUGGUGGAAGAUACUCUUCAUCCUUUGCUGGACAGAGUGGACUACUUACAACGCCAGUUGAUGGGAGUUCUGGGUCGGUUAGAUGAUAUGGAAAACCGCCUGAGGUGCAACAACAUAUGCCUGGUGGGCCUUCCUGAAAAGGUGGAGGGAAAUGAUUCGGUGCUCUUCCUUGAAACGUGGCUCAAAGAUCUUCUCCCUGUGGACACUUUCUCCCCAUACUUCUCAGUUGAACGAGCACACAGGGUCCCGGCUUGGCCUCCUCCUCCGGGGGGUCCCCCAUGUCCUUUUCUGGACAAGCUUCUCCAUUUCAAGGAUAGAGACGCUAUUCUACGAGCUGUUCAACUUAAAGGCAAAGUAAUUUGUGAAGAGAGCAGAGUAUCCUUCUAUCCCGACUUCUCUGUGGAGCUCCAUAAGCAAAGGGGGAAAUUUACAGAGGUUCGGUCAAAGUUACGUGCCAAAGGUUAUCGCUAUUCCAUGCUUUAUCCUGCGAGUGGUAGAUGGAACUUCAUUGGGUGGAUGCAGCACCUUCUGUCAGUCCUGCGGACUGAACUGCCAUGGACUGCCCUGCUCAGCGCUCCUUCCUCCUUAUUCUGGGGUUUAGUUAGCGAGAGGGAGUUAGGUUACCAGGGACCCCAUAGGUUCCGGCUGUCCCUGAGGUGUACCUGGGACCUGUCCCUCCCAGCGCUUAGCCGUGCCCAAGCGGAGGUGUUAGAUACCCAGUUUACCCUGGAGGAGUUGGUGCAGGCUAUUAAGGAUCUUCCCCAUGGGAAGACCCCAGGUUUAGAUUGGAAAAACAUGAAACACAUUUUGGGGCUGCUAUUUGCUGUAUGUCUUAAAACAGGAUUUACAGAAAGCUGUGAUGAUAUUGUGGACUGUUCCGAGUCUCCAGACUGGAAUCACGCGAUCUUUUGUCAAUCAGUUUUCAAUGAAAAGGGCCGUUUCCUACAUGUGAAAUGUUCUUGGUUGCCAUAUGAAUCUUCUGUAUUAUCGAAAAAAACAGGAUACAAAUUACAUCAGGUGUGGCCUGAACAUCUUGACUGUCUAGUGACUGAUACAUACGACACCUCUAUGAUCCUCGAGAAGGACAAGCUUGAAACUGAUUGGGUGACAACUAUUUGGGUGUCCUAUGAGAUUUCUGAUCAGCUUUGUGUGAAAACAAAUAAUUUCUCUAUUUUACCAAAAGUGAAUUGUCAAUUCCCAAAUAUCCAACAUGCGAUUCACUCAGGAAACUUCUUAAGAUUUCAUCUGGAUAAGACUGGACAAGUGAGAUAUCGAGAAAUCACAUCGUCUCAGUGGCACACUAUCAAUGUAACAAACAUGUCAGCUAAUAUAUCACUGCCAGGAACACUGUUACCAGAGUCAUAUGUUAUGCAGCAAAGAUGUUUCAAUGAGUUUUGUUUUCAUUGCAAAUGGGAAACUGAGACAAUAGUUCCACAUGAAUUAUUAGGAGCCCCAGAUAUCAUGGUCACCACUGAAAAGUUAUCGCCAGGCAAACAAAGACUUAUUCUUGAGUGGAAGUACAUCGGUCAUGACUUUGUGGAUGGAUACCGUGUCAUGAUUCAGAGGCUCCCAAACAGUUGUGGUUAUAUUAUGACUUUUAAUACAACCAAUAUUAAGAUCCAUGUAAACCUUUCUGUGGCUUUCUUUAAUGUCUCAGUAAUGGCUUACAAUAAAGCAGGAACAUCCAGGUCAGCAAGCACGGUGGUCCCUCUUUUGGCUGAACCAGAUUUUCCAGGAAAGAUAAAUGCUACCUAUGUAAACAACACAAUAUUUCUCAGUUGGAGCCCAUUGUUUGAAUGUGAUUUUGUUGUAAUAAACUGGGGCACAGGCUACUCUAAAAUGGAAUCCAAAACUAUUAUGGACAAAAUAGAAAAUUAUUCAAUUCCAGGUCCAUUUGUAGCCAUGGAACGUUACACAAUCAUGAUUUCCCUAUAUAACUCCUGUCGAUGUAAAGAUUCCACAGAAGAAACAACAUUUGGAUUGACCUAUAUUUAUACAGAAGAAGGAGUUCCAAGAACAGGUCCACAUAAUGUUACCGUGAAAAAUAUUACCAAGACCUCAGCUGUCAUUGAGUGGGAAGAGAUCCCUGAAGACGACUGUCUGGGAUUUUUGUUGGGCUACAGAAUUUCCUGCAUUGAUACUUCAGGAAACUCCAGAAUAGAUAUUUACUUGAACACCUCAAGUCAAAGAAUCUACCAGAUUGAGGGUCUUGCAGGCAGACGCAAAUAUGAAGUGACUGUGUCAGGAGUGACAGCGACAGGUGUAGGAGCACCCAGUGUUCCUCAGGUGAUCCAAACUCUAACCUAUGGUGAAGCUGAAUUGCAAACUAUUAUAAUUGUUACUUGUGCCGGACUUAUCCUCAGUGCCAUCAUUCUAGUCAGGGUCUGCGCCUAUACAGUUCACAGAGUAAAGAAGCGGUAUUUUCCAAAAAUCCCUAAUCCAAAACACAGCCACAUUGUCAAGAUGAAUGAAGCAACCGGCACAAAGACUUUGCUCAUGCAGUCAUCGCCAUAUGAUGAAGAAAAGUCUUGUUCUAACCACCUUGGUGUGGAGGUGACCCAACAGAUAGAAUUGAUAUCAGAUAAGUCAAGCAUCCAAGAAAUGGACAAUAGUGUUGGGCAGAAAACAUCUAACCAUCAGAAGACAUCUCAUGCCUAUGCUGCAAAUGUAGAAGAUUACAUUGACAAAAUGUCAGUACUCAAAGCAUUCCAAAGGAUGCCAGAAACCACUAGCUAUGUACGACAACAGCCCACAGAUGAAUAGAUGUAGCAUUAGAUAUACUGCAAUCUGUUCUAAAAACAUAAUGAUAUAUAAACUAGGGAUGUCCCGAUACCAUUUUUUUUUACGACAGAGUACAAGUACCGAUACUUUAAUUCUAGUACUCGCCGAUGCCAAUUACGAGUACUUUUAUUUUAAAGGGAAUCAGACACCAGGGUGACCCGGUUUCUGGUGCUGCUUACCGUGCUGAUAUGUGAGUUCCUUGUUCUGUGCAAUAGAGGCGGCUGCUGUAGUAUGGGCCAAGAUCUCUCUCUUCCCCAUUGGGCAGAACAGGGAAUUUGCAUUGGCGGCAAGACCAAUGUCUCGGGAGCGAUUGGUGAGAAGCGGUAGAAACUGGGUCACCUGCACGGUCUACCUAUAAAUUCAAGUUAGUGCAGGUGACUCUACUGUAAGAUUGUCUUUAAUAGUAGGUAGUAUAGAUACUUGCACACAUUAGCAGCAGCAGCCCCCCUGCAGACAUUAGUAGACAGCGCCCCCUCCCCUUGUAGACAGCACCCUUCUAUCAUGAGGAAAUCCAUACCCUCCCCCCAAUCUCAAGGUCCCCUUUCUAAAUACACUAACAUAUAAAAAUGUUUAAAACAAUAAUUCACCAAGAUGGAGUUGUUGGAAUGACUUUAAACGUUAUAGGUGUAUGUAAUGUUGAUAGAUGUAAGUGAUAACAUUAGCGUGAAAGGAUAAGAAUAUUGGGGGAAACUGUACAAUUCACUAGAGGCUCUAGCACCCUGUUGGGCCACUUCUAGACUGGAUACAAGAUGUGAUAUGAUUGGGCAUGGAUGCAGACAGGUUCCAUAUGGCGUCCUAUGGCACAUUUGUCCACAGAUAUUGCAGCUGUAUAUCCUCCACACUCAUAGGUUGCAGAAGCGGGUAUCCCAUCUGGUCAAAUAUAUUAUAAAUCUGGUUACUAGGCAGGCAAGGAAAUAUUGCACUCUGGCAGAGACAUUCCUAGAAAACCCUUGCUGUGUGUGGGCGAGCAUUAUCCUGCUGAAAAGUUGGAUGCUUGCCAAGAGAGACAACAAGUGUGGCCACAGGAUGCCCUGCACAUAUCAAAGCUGUUAGUGUCCCUCGUAUUACUACUAAGGGUGACAGUCAUAUGCGAUGGCUCCCCAGAUCAUCACACCAGCAGUUGGGACAGUUUGUUGCUCCACAGCAGAGGCAGGAUUGAUGCGCUCACCGACAGGCUUACAUAAACAAACCCAACAGUUGUCAAAUCCCAAAGAAAGCCUGGAAUGAUAUGGUUCCAGUCUGUAGCUGUCAAGAUUUCUCAUUCACAACAGCACUGCAAACAAAGGCAAUAGUGCUGGCUGUCAAUGGCAGAACACGUAAUGUGACACCAAAGUGUCUGGAAAUGGUCCAGGCAGAGAUAGAAUUCUCUAAUAACAGUGCCACCUAGGUCUGGAUGGUGAACAAGGAAACUGGGAGUACCUCAUACUUGGUGGAACAAAUGUUCCUCUCUACUGGUGGUCUGUCUGGGCCAUCUGGAGCCUGCUCGCCAAGUAUGCGUGCCCUCACAUAACCAUUGCUAUCAUUACUUCCUAACAGCUUAGUCAGAACAGUUUAAAUGGCGGAAAGUUUGUUGAAACAACCAUCCUGCUUUUCUCAGUCUAAUGAUAGCCUCCUCUCAUGAUCUGUCAACUCGAGAAAAUGUCUUUAAAGGGGUUAUCCAGGAAAUUUUAUUUUUUUUAUAUAUAUAUUAACUGGCUCCAGAAAGUUAAACAGAUUUGUAAAUUACU